AGCAGAACAGAGCAGUAUACAGUAUUCCAACUAAUUCGAUCUGAUCGAAAGGUAAUUUUUUAAUUGAUGCAAAUCACUAGACUUGAGUGAUUAUCGUGGUGCUCUAACGUAAACACACAUAAACGGUUAAAUUGCUCCGUGUUCCAAACUGAUUCAUUCUUGACGUAGUUUUAUUUUUUACAAAAAAAAAAGUUUUAAAUUUAAAGAUCAGCUUCAAACUCUCUUUCCCCUUUAACUUUUGGAUUAAUUUAUUUUCUUUAACAAAAUGGCUGAACCAGAAUACGACAAAGAACAACUCAGAAUCAUGCGUAAUGCCUUCAAAGCCUUCGAUCCUGAGGAUAAGGGUGUCAUUGAACAUGCCGAUGUUAUACAGAUUUUAGAAAUUCUUGGUCAAAAACUCGAUGACAAAGCCGUUAAGGCACUAAUCAAAGAAGUCGAUAAGGGUAAUUCGGGUAAAUUGGACUUUAAACAAUUCUGUAAAUUAGCUUCACGUUUCGUCGAGGUUGAUGAGGAUGGUCCAGUUUUGAUGGGUGAAUUAAAGGAAGCCUUCCGUAUUUACGACAGAGAGGGUAAGGGCUAUAUCACAGUUGCCACAUUGCGUGGUAUUCUCAAAGAAUUGGAUGACAAAUUGUCGGCCAAGGAAUUGGAUAUGAUUAUUGAGGAAAUUGAUGCUGAUGGUUCGGGUACUGUUGAUUUUGAUGAAUUCGUACAAGUAAUGAAUGGUUAAGUUUUUGGAAUACAUUAUGGCAGGUCUAAUAAAGCGGUCUUUUUAAAACCAAGAAAUUUUUUAUUUUUAUUUAUAAAUAUUUUUUUUUUUUUACUUUUUAAUUUUGAUUUAAUUAAUAUAAUAAAACAAAAUUGAAAUGAAAACUUA